CACACACACACACACACACACACUCUCACACACACACACACACACACACACACAGUGCCAACCCGGCGACGAGGUUGGGCCUGCGGUGCCCUGCUGCAACCCAGGAAUAAAGACACCAUGGAGCUGGAGAACAUCGUGGCCAACACCGUGCUUCUAAAGGCGAGAGAAGGAGGGGGUGGAAACCGAAAAGGAAAGAGCAAGAAGUGGAAACAGAUGCUUCAGUUCCCUCACAUUAGCCUGUGUGAGGAGCUCCGCCAAACUAUAGAAAAGGACUACAACAGCCUGUGUGAGAAGCAGCCUAUCGGGCGUGUGCUCUUCCGCCAGUUCUGCGACACCAGACCGGAGCUUAGGCGCUGCGUCAAGUUCCUGGAUGCUGUGGCGGAGUACGAAGUGACCCCAGACGAAAAGAGGAAGGUGUGCGGACAGGAGCUCCUGGAAAAAUAUUUAAAUCCAAAGUCAGAGGACCACGUCCCAGAGGUGACGGAGGAGAUGGUGUCUAUAUGCGCUGAGCGCUUGGAACAGGAGGCGUGUAAAGAACUUUUCAUGGAGUGCACCAAGCUGAUCCAUGACUACCUGAGCGUGGCUCCUUUUGCCGACUACCUCGACAGCAUCUUCUUCAACCGCUUCCUCCAGUGGAAAUGGCUCGAGAGGCAACCAGUUACAAAAAACACAUUCCGUCAGUACAGGGUAUUGGGAAAGGGCGGCUUCGGUGAGGUCUGCGCGUGUCAGGUCCGGGCUACGGGGAAGAUGUACGCCUGCAAGAAGCUAGAAAAGAAACGCAUCAAAAAGAGAAAAGGCGAAUCCAUGGCUCUGAACGAGAAGCAGAUUCUGGAAAAAGUCAACAGUCGGUUCGUCGUGAGUCUGGCGUACGCCUACGAGACCAAAGACGCGCUGUGCCUGGUUCUCACGCUGAUGAACGGAGGAGAUUUGAAGUUUCACAUCUACCACAUGGGGGAAGCCGGCUUUGACGAGAAGAGAGCCGUGUUCUACGCUGCUGAGAUCUGUUGUGGUUUAGAGGACCUGCACAGAGAGAGGAUAGUCUACAGGGAUUUGAAACCGGAGAACAUACUGCUGGAUGAUCACGGUCACAUACGCAUAUCAGACCUGGGCCUGGCUGUGCACGUACCAGAGGGCCAGACAAUUAAAGGGCGCGUAGGAACCGUGGGGUACAUGGCUCCAGAGGUGGUGAAGAACGAGCGGUACACGUUCAGUCCGGACUGGUGGGCUUUGGGAUGCCUGCUGUACGAGAUGAUCGAGGGUCAGUCCCCUUUCCAGCAGCGUAAAAAGAAAAUCAAGCGUGAGGAAGUGGAGCGACUCGUCAAAGAGGUGGCUGAAGAGUACUCCAGCAAGUUCACGGAGGACGCCAAGUCUCUCUGCAAAAUGCUUCUGGCCAAAGACCCCAACGAGAGGCUCGGCUCUCAGGGAGGCGCCUCCGAGGUGAAGGCUCACCCCAUCUUCCGCUCCAUCAACUUCAAACGACUGGAAGCCGGCAUGCUGGAAGCCCCUUUUAUCCCUGAUCCUCAGGCCAUCUACUGUAAGGACGUGCUGGACAUCGAGCAGUUCUCCACCGUGAAGGGGGUGGAGCUUGAGCCCAAAGAUGACUCCUUCUACAGCAAAGUGUCCACAGGAAGUGUCUCCAUCCCCUGGCAAAACGAGAUGAUAGAGUCCGAGUGUUUUAAAGAGCUGAACGUUUUGAAUCUGGACGGCUCCGUGCCCCCGGACCUGGACUGGAGAGGACAGCCGUCUCCUCCGCCCAAACAGGGCCUGCUGCAGAGACUCUUCGGGAGACAGGACUGCUGUGGGAACUGCAGCGACAGCGACGAGGAGCCGACGAGGCUCUGAGGGCGUGGCCAGGCCCAGGCUCCUCCCCCCUGCCACAGGAGGAUCUCAUUUUGUUUACAACUUUUGCACAUUUGUAUUUUUAGGAUAGCUCUAUAUAAACAUUGGAAUGUAUAUUUUCACUAUAUAGCCAUGCGGUCGAUGUUAUUUAAAGUCAACGAGAAACGGAGAAAAACAAAACAAAGCAAAGGAUCAGCGUUCCGUCAUUACAGCAGAGUAUUUCCGAGACGACGUACGUGGACGUCCCGAACAGCCCCGUCUCUCUCUCGUCUCGUCGGCCUGCCACCGCCUCCUCACACCUAGUUUUCUUUUUGUUUCAGUUUGAUUCUAGUAAACCACACACAUUGUACAGUGUUCGCGCAGCCAAAAUUCUUUCAGUUAACCCAGAAAGAAGGAAAUUAUGUUCACAGAUAUUUUUAUAUUUAUAUUCUAUGUUUCAUGUUUUUUUAAUUUUAUUUGAUUUUUUUUCUUGUGGUAAUCUUGACAAUCAAAUCCAAUGACCGUUUGUACAAAAGCUUUGACACGUAGCGGUUCGAAACGCGGCGACACGACGUGACUGAAGAACACAGACGACGUUUCUUUUAUUUUAUUUUAUUUUUUUGUUUGUUUGUUUUUAACGAUCCGACCAUUUCUAGCCAAGGUCUCAGACGUAAGGUAUUUGUCAGGGUUCUAGCCAAACAGACGCACCUCCGGUAGUAAACCAGAUCGUUUCCGUACGACGUCCGAACAGACACAGCCGCUCGUCUUAUGUUGUCAAUACGUGACACUUGUCUGUAAAGUCCUCGGUGUGUCUUCCUGCUGAUUUCUCUCUGGACAUUUUGAGAAAUAAUCAUUGUCAGUGUUCUAAGUGGUCGGUAUGACGCAUGGUGAGUCUAUGCAUAAAACCAUCCUGCGUUCGUGAGUCCCGAGGCGUUUAUAAGUCGUCGCUCCUUACGUAGUUCGACGUCUCGUAAUUACGGUGUCGUCACGAUGACGCGUCGCCGUGGCGAUUUUGUGCAUAAGGGGUUGUUGCUGCUUUCCCAAAUUUUUUGGGUCAAAGAAAUGAUAACCACAAAAAAACAAACAUAUAUAGAUCACUUUCUCUGCCAAAAAAAAAAAGAAAGAAAAACCCAGGAAGGAACAUCAGUCAGGUUAAGGCUCGGAACCCUGAUGGUCUCGUGUAGAUUUAACCUGUCGAUGCAAGACCAAACCACUUUUCUUUAGUCCUCCAUCUCCAUGGACGGUGCCUUUAACGUUUUAAGGUACUCUUGUAAUUAGCGUUUUUAUACGGAACUGUGACAAACGUCACGUUAUCUUCUGAGUCGGUUUCGCUUUUUUUUUUCCUUUUUGCACAUGCAGUAAACCUUUUUUCCUUGCGUUGUUCAUUUUACCUCAUCUGUGUCUUGUGGAUGUGUGUUUUCUGAUCUCAGACAUUUUCCCUUUCCCCUUUGUUUGAACUUUUAUCGGACACAAUACAGUCAGAAGACACGAAGGGUGAAGAGAAAGAAAAAAGGCUUUCAGACCUCGGAUGUGUGACUUGAACUCUUUUCAGCCUACCGACUCCGAGGUCGCGUCGAUUCCCACGGUCCACUUUUUCUGCUCGAAACUCAAGUACAUUCCAGUCUCUACCGUACUGUACAGAUGUAAAAUUGAUUUUUUUUUCUGUUUUAUUUAGCAAUAACAGGAUUUUAUAAAUGUAACUACCACAUAUACGUGUAUAAAGCGCGCAGCGCCGCAAGACUGAACUUCAGUUGACUCUUGUCGAUGUGUCCCUGAGCCAGGCUUUAACACUGUGAAGGAGGAGAUUUGCUGAUUUCUGUCACAGUUGUAAUUUUUUUGUUUUGUUUUGUUUUCCUCGUACGCAAUGCACUGAUGUAUUUUUACGUGUACAUAUAAAGUGUUUAUGUAUGUGCGUUCGCCUAAAUGCCGUGUGUGUGUGCGUGUGUGUGUGCGUGUGUGUGUGAGUGCUUGUUUUUGCACUGCAUGUGCCCAUAUUGUUGAUCAUAACCACUAGCCGAUGCCAUUGUGUUACUCCCUGGAUAAAGGGGAAAAUGUUACCAUACUACUGCUAAGGGAGCUGUGAGUCAUAUAUUGCUUUCAGAAGUGUAAGUUUGGCCAUAUGGUAAUAAUCAUCAUCGUUUUAAUGAUCUUUUACGUAUAUUUCUUUUUUUUACCUCAUUUGGAAGUGGCGGAAGUGCAACCAAUCAAAAAUGCUGAAAAAUAAAGACUCCUCCUUGAACCAA